UUUCCAAGUAGCCUCCUCGCCUUCUCCCUCCGUCCCUCGUCCCCGGCCGCCGCUCACUUCCUUCUCCCCCGUCCCCUCCUCGCCAGCCGCCGCUCGCUUCCACCUCCCGUCCUCAUCCCAGGGUGGGGGAUGGGGUCCGAAUCCAAGCGGACAUCGUCGAGCCACACCACUGAGGCGGAGACGGGCACGCACUCGUUCAAGAUUGUUGGGUACAGUCUCAAGAAGGGCUUCGGUUUCCGCAAAUCUAUCCAGUCGGGCACCUUCACCGUCGGCGGUUACGACUGGGCCAUCCAAUUCUACCCCGACGGAGUGAACGACCUUACCAAAGGGUACACGGCAGUCUAUCUGGUGCUUGUGAGCAAGAAAGUUGAGGUGCGAGCGUCCUAUGUCCUGAGUUUGGUUAACCAGAUUACAGGGUUGCCAGAAAACCUGUUUUCUGAAACCACCACUAGAGUGUUCAGCGAUGCAAAUUUAUUCAGCCCAAGGACCCCCAUAGCCAGGAGAAGUAAGCUGGAGAGUAAAUCAGCUGGCUACAUAGUUGACGAUUGCCUGACAAUUGAAUGUACUGUCACGGUCGUCAAAGAAUCGUGGGUGGAAACCACAUCUGGCUUUGAGAUCGAAGUACCACCCUCGGACAUAUCACAGCAUUUUGGCAAGUUGUUGUCGGAUGAAGAGGAAGCUGAUGUCACAUUCAGUGUUGGAGGUGAGACUUUCCCCGCGUACAAGAUCGUGCUGGCCACACGGUCCCCUGUCUUCAAGGCGCAGCUGUAUGGACAGAUGAAGGAGAGGAGGGCCCGGCGUUUGACUGUUGAAGGCAUUCAGCCUGAUGUCUUUAAGGUCCUGCUGCAAUUCAUCUACACGGAUUCACUGCCUGAAUGGGAUGAUCUUGAUGCUGAGGAAUAUUGUGAGAUUUCCAGGCAUUUACUUGCGGCUGCAGAUAGAUAUGCCAUGGACAGGUUGAAGUUGUUGUGUGCAAGCAAUCUUGUUGACCAUCUUGAUGCGGAAACUGUGGCAAUUACACUGGCCUUGGCUGAUCAGCAUAACUGCGACUGUCUCAAGGAUGUUUGCAUCGAAUUUAUGGCCUCUUCAGAUAAGAUGUACGCUGUGUUGGAAACAGAGGGUUAUGCCAAUCUCAAAAGAACUUGCCCUUCUAUCCUAGUAGAUGUACUGGAGAAGAAUAGCAGGUAUCGCAAGGCAUAAGUUUGCUGCCCAGCUGACUGCGUGUCUUCAGCUUAAAAACACUGAGCUAAUCCUAUGAGUAGCUAGCUUAGUUCCUAGUCUAUAUGAAUAGCUGCUGGUUUUCCAAUAGAAGGCCAUGCUAACUUGGACCUAUGGCUGGUAACUUUAGUUUCUUAAGUCUCUGUCCUUUUGCAAAGUAUUAGAUGCACAAUAGUUGAGCAUCAAUCUGCUGUGCUUUCAUAGCACUUUUUGUAAUGGAAUGCCAUGUGGCAGUAGCAUAUGGUUGAAGGAGCUAGCAUCAGCUGUGUUAUUCCAAAGCUGAACAUCUUGUGUAACUGGUAAGUAAUGCUUGAUGCACAACUUUGGACGAAUGAAUGGUUCUGAAUGUUCAGCUAUGACCAUUGCUGUA